GCAGAGCGCGUCUAGUCCCGGCGGAGGAGGCCAAAGUUCGCCUUCGUCGCAGUCAGAUCCGUUUCCUUAUUUCUCGAGGUUCCUGACCGAUCUUAACAAGACCGAGACGGCCAGCGGCUGGAUCUCUGAUCUCGAGCUUAUGCACCAUUAUACUUCCGUCUCCUAUCGAACCUUUUCGCACUCCUCCUUGGCCCAGAAGACUCUUCAGUACGACGUCCCGAGAGAGGCUCUCUCCUAUCCAUUCCUCCUUCAUCAAAUCCUCGCCUUCUCGGCCUACCAUCUGGCCUACCUCCAACCCGACUGCCGCCAUGCCUACCUGAUGCAGGCUGCCCAGCACCAGAAUGACGCCAUCAACGGGAUGAGAGGGACUCUCCUAGGCACCAUCUCCUCGACCAACUGCCACGCCCUCUUCGCCUCGUCUAUCUUCCUCACCCUAAGCGCCUUCGCGACCUACCCGAGCUACGAGAAAUACAACCCUUCCUUCUCCCCGAUUGAUAGCAUGCUCGACAUCUUUACCCUCACCGACGGCAUGAGCAUGAUCCUCCGCGCCUCCGACGAGGAUCUGCGCAAAGGCCCACUACGAGAAAUCUUCAUCCGCGGGUCCGGCGAUACCACACCGUCCACCGUGGAGGCUACUCUACAGCCGCUCUUCGAAAGGCUUCCUCGUCUGAGCUCCAGGCUCGAGGAAAUUGGUCUCGUCGAGCACGAGGGGAAAUAUGCCAUCACGAACGCGGUGAUCGCCUUGAGCGAGUGCAUCGCCAAGGUCUCUACCUUCAACGCCAUGUCGGCGCCUGUAGAGUUCCGCGCCGUGUUCCUUUGGCCCAUUCUCAUGACCAGCGACUACCUGGACAUGUUGCGUCGUCGUCAUCCGGCGGCUUUAGUGGUAUUGGCGCACUACUGCGUCAUUGUACACAUGGCAGAGCCGUUUUGCUGGUUCCUGAACGGAUGGGCUCGGUCUUUGAUCUCGCUCAUCUCGCAGCACUUGGCCGGAACUCCAUGGGCCGAUGUGGUGGCCUGGCCCGUGGAGAUUAUAGGAGUUGGUGGCUACGAAGUACAACUAGACCGUAUGGCAUAUGCCAUGCCCGUCGUUCUCUAGUCUGUCAUUUUCCUCAUUUUUUUCUUUUUCUUCUACUUCACACUCUACAGAUGAUAGCGAGAUCCCCAAGCAUUUUGCUACAGGAUCAUCUUCACGAACAGCAGUCACUUAACAGAGAGUCGGUGUCCUCUCUCGCUAACAAGGGCCGGGGCGUUUUUGGAUUUGGACCGGAAGACAUGGCCAGGGCAGCCGGAAUCGGCGGAUGCGCGGACAAGCGCGGGCAGGCGCGGAGAGCGAAAAGGUUAUUUGGAGUUCACGGCUUUGGCGGGGAUUUUGGAGAUUGGAGAACCGGAGCCCAAGAGGGAAACUUGGUUGAAACCUCGUACGGAGUAAAGCGAGGCCCAAGGUUUGUGACUUGUCGACUUUUUUGUCAUCUACCUAGGUGCGAUGAACACCAAAUUCAAUACGAAGAAA